AUAAAAAUGAAAAUCCGGGGUUGAAGAGUAUUUAAGCUUAGAUGUCGGUAAGCCAAACACAUCAAAGCAUCCCUAGCAGAUUCUGGAAAAGAGGAGAUUUUGCAGCAGUCAAAAUGAAAUCAUUUCUUUGUGCUAUCUUUAUCUCAUGUUUGUUGGUGGUAGUUUCCGCGCAAGCUUGUGUUGAGCAAGAAGAAUGUGACGAAACUCAGUGCUGUGCUGGAAUUCCAUUUUUGGGGGGAACUUGCCAAAAUUUCACCGCAGAAGGAGGCAAAUGCCACGUAGAAGACAAAGUUGUUCCAAUUUUUGGAGACUUUUUCGUUGGACCCUGCCCUUGUGCUGAGGGUCUAGUGUGUGUACAGCAAGGAAAGAAAAAAAACAACGGAAUUUGCCAGAAACCCGCCACUACCACGGCUGCACCAGUUACAGCUGACGAUGCCACCGACGCUUCAGCUGAUGAUUCAGCUGCAGAUGCCUCAGUUGAUGAAUCUGCUGCCGAACAACCUGCAGCUGCCCCAGUUGCAAAGUAAACUCAGAUCGCUGAUUGAAAAAAAAAAAAAAAAACAUAGCUUUCUUCAGGGCAACUGCUACGGAUCUCACAAAAAACAGGAUCGAACACGUUUCUCAACAUAUCUGAAUGUUGAUCUGAGCUUAUGCUGGGACUUUAUGCAGUACAUCUGUUAUUUCAGAGUUUACUGUACUACAUAAGGCAGAAAAAUAGUAGUCAGAUUGUUGUAGAAAUCUCGUCAUUGUCAAAACUUAAUGUGAAUAAAAUACUUCUGUACUUUUGA